AUGUUCAUAUCCACAGAGACACAACUAGAGAGCUUACUGAAGGAUCUGGGGUUGGAGCACCACUUCGCAGAGAAGCUAUCCCUGGGCACAGUACUUCAGAUUGAAGAGAGGACCAUUAGUCAUGAACCUGCCAAGUGUAAUUCAGAUCUUCCAUGGUAUUUUCUAAAGAAACUGAUGAUGGUUAACGUGACAGCUAGAAAUGUGAAAUGUACAUCAGAAUGUGAAUCAACCUGUGAGGAUGCUUCAGGAAAUACAGGGUUAGAUCUUGAUGGUCUGUUUGAUAGUCUACAUUCAGGUGACGUGAUAAACCCCCUUGACAUAAUCACUGCUCUCUUUCUGUGUUCUGAUGGUUUUGUACGGCAGGAAAUGGCAGUCAAAAUGUCUCUGUGUCAGUUUUCUGUGCCUCUGCUGCUUCCUAAUUGUGACACAAAGCAGUGCACACUCAUGCUUUGGGCCAUGAGAGACAUUGUUAGAAGGUACAGACCUCAGUCACUUUCAGAGUCCAAGGGUUUCACUGAAGACAGGAUUGUUGUCUCUGAACUUCCAAUGAUAUCAUUUGUGAGACUGGGUGAGUGCUCAUUGUCUAAGUCUGAGACCCUCAAUAAGCUUCUGAGCAAUUCUCAGCAGUACCAUGACACAUUUAUUCACCGUAACAUGUGUGGUGACAGUUCAAGGAGAAUAUCCAAUGGAUUGACUGAAGUUACUUGGUACCUUCCAUGUGGGAACAAAAACAUGGAUAUUUUCAGUGAGCCUGUAGCUGUAGCUAACCUUCGUGGGGACAUUGCUUCAUUUGAAACACAAUUUUCUUUUUUGUGUCAGACAUCUGCAGCAGUGUUUGUGUUCUUUGACAAUUUGGACUCUGAGUGCGAGCUGCUUACCAACCAACACCACAAGGCACAGAUCUUCUUAGUGGGCAACCACCAAACACAGAGCUUCAGUAAAGAUGCUCUUACUAGGUUAGCGAGAAAGUUGGGCUUGACUAACAGCAACAUCCGUUUGAAGGCUAAGCACAUGAAUGAUGCAGACUUCAUCAAACAUCUGCGGAAAACAGUCAGCAAUGUAGUUGAGAACACAAAGAUGAAGAUGGGGAUUGAGCAGAUGGCUGACAUUGCCCAUGAAUUAGGUAUCUUGGUGGAUGAGGACUGUGCAGAGUGCCAAACUGCCAAGAAAAAUGCAGAUGCCAUCACUGCAGAAAUUCAAGACACCCUUAAAUACAAAGAAGCUCAGCUUCCCUUGCAGGGCCAAAUAUGGAAGGAACUGACUGUCUUAGAGAAGGAAGAAUUUCGCCUUCGAAAAGUUGGGUCUGAAAACAUAGAAAAGUACAAAAGUGAUCUUCAGAUACGGAAAAUAAAACUUUGGGUACAACAGAACUCUUAUGACAUGUCAAACGCUAUGACAUGUUUCAUCAAAGCAAUAUCAAGUCCAGGGAUAGAGAGGAGAUAUUUCCUGAAAUGGAUGCGAAUGAACCUCGAUAACCUGUCUCAAGAAAAACUGUCUGGCCUCAGGGAGCAGUACAAAAAGAAAUGUGAAAAUUCUGAAAACAAAGAGGAGAUCAAAGAAAUUGACAGGCAACUUUCCAACACCUCAAUGGGGACUGAACAUUUCCGUGAAAUGGGUCAGAUCUAUGAAGCUUCACUUUCCCUUCCAGAAACAGACCCAUCACGUCAACAAUUACAAAAUCUGCCCAGACUAUGCGCAGAGUUGUUGCUUGAUGGAUUUCCCCUUGAGCUUGUAGAUGGAGAUGCAUCCAACAUACCUCUCAGAUGGGUGAGUGACGUUCUCUCUCAGCUCAAUGACUUGGUGUCUCCUAAGAGCAAGAUACUGGUAGUCACAGUUCUUGGAGUUCAGAGCACAGGAAAGUCCACUCUCCUCAACACCAUGUUUGGAGUGCAGUUUGCAGUCAGCAGUGGUCGAUGCACUCGAGGUGCGUUUAUGUUGCUGAUCAGAAUCAAUGAAGAUGUCAAAAAAGAACUCAACUGUGACUUCAUGGUGAUCAUUGACACUGAGGGCUUAAAGUCACCAGAGCUUGCUCAACUGGACAAUAGCCAUGAGCACGACAACGAGCUUGCAACACUUGUUGUGGGGCUGAGUGAUAUCACCAUCAUCAAUAUUGCAAUGGAGAAUUCAACAGAAAUGAAGGACAUCCUACAAAUAGUUGUGCAUGCUUUUCUCAGGAUGAAAGAGGUGGGCAAAAAGCCCAAAUGUAUGUUUGUUCACCAGAAUGUGUCAGAUGUUUCAGCCCAUGACAAGAACUUACGAGACAGGAAACUGCUCUUGCAGCAGCUAAACGAGAUGACCCAGGCAGCAGCCAAGAUGGAAAAGAAAGAGGAGAACAAGAGCUUCACUGAUGUGAUGGAGUACAGUCCCGACACUGGGAACUGGUACAUUCCUGGACUCUGGAAUGGAAACCCACCAAUGGCACCAGUCAAUGCAGGGUACAGUGAGGCCGUUUAUGAGCUCAAGAAGAACAUCAUCCAAAUUUUGGGAAGGUGUGAGUCAUCUGCUAAUAAUAUCAUGGAGUUUACAGAGUGGAUGGAAAGCCUGUGGAAUGCAGUAAAGCACGAAAACUUCAUCUUCCGCUUCAGAAACAGCCUAGUGGCUGAUGCAUACAUGAGGCUGAGCACAGAGUUCAACAAAUGGGAAUGGGAAUUAAAAAAAGAAAUGUACACUUGGGUUACAAAAGCUGAAACAAGAAUUUCUAAUUUCGGCACAGUUGCUGGAAAAUCUGAGAUAUUUGACAUGAAAGAACUUCUCACUAGUUUGAAAAGUGAAGCUUGCACAGAGCUGACUAAAUGGGAGUCAAAAAUUCUUGGAAAUUUAAAACAGUACUUUGACAAUGUGUAUCUAGUUGAAAGAUACAGAGAGGAAUUCUCAAUCAGUGCAAAGAGCCUUCGUCGAGAAAUGGAGAGCUCUGUAUAUAAUCAGCUCACAGCAGCAGCUGACAUCAGACAGGGAAUGACAAAACUUGACAGAAUCAAGAAAAACCACACAAAAGAAUUAGAGGGGAGAGUGCGUCAGCUGAUUGAGGAAUGUCGGGGGAAAAAAAGUCCAGAUGACAGACAAAGAACUAGACCAAGAAUUUGAUAAGAUGUGGAAAAGU